UAAUACUCGAUCAAGGGAGUUGACUUUCCCUGAGUAGCUGCAGCUACGUGCUGGAUCAAGUCGCACAUGCAUGUUCGUGCAACAAGACAGCAAAGCAAAUUAUUCUAGCUAGAGAGCCAAAACUCCCAGUAAAAGAAACCCUGCAUCAAUUCGUUGCGCCUCCCUCUGUGUGAGCUAGUUUGUCUUUGCGCGAUGAAGAAGGUGAAGCCUAACAGCCAAAUUGCCCGGAAGGCAGCUUGCGCCAGCGGGCUGCUCCUAGUCGCCGUCUUCACCGCAUGGAACUACUCGUCGCUGAGCACUGAGCGGCUCAUCGACGCCGCCCCAGCCUCGUCCGCUGCUGCCACGGCGAGGUCAUCCGGCGCGACCAGCAAUGCCACCAGCGGCGACGCGGCGUCGUGCGACGUGGCUCGGGGCGAGUGGGUGCCCGACUCGGCUGGCCCCUACUACACGAACGCGACGUGCGCGCUGAUCGACGGGCGGCAGGACUGCAUGAAGUACGGCAAGCCGGGGAUGGAGUCCAUCCUCGGGUGGCGGUGGCAGCCCCACGGCUGCGACCUCCCUCGCUUCGACGCCGCCGCCUUCCUCCGGCUCGUCCGCGGCAAGUCGAUGGCCUUCGUCGGGGACUCCGUCGCGCGCAACCACAUGCAGUCCCUCAUGUGCCUCCUUGCCAAGGUGGAGUACCCGAGGGAGAUCGAGCCAAAAGACUGCGUGCACUGCACGCGCAAGUACCACUACCGUGAUCACGACUUCACGAUGUGCGUGUUCUGGACGCCGUUCCUGGUGCGGUGGAACCUGACGCGCGCCGGCGGGCAGCAGUUCAUGGACCCGCACAACGUGUACCUGGACGAGGCGGACCCGGAGUGGAGCGGCGACGUGUCCGGCUACGACUACGUGGUGCUCAACGGCGCCAAGUGGUUCACGCGCCCCGCCGUGCUCUACGAGGGCGGCCGCCUCCUCGGCUGCGCCAACGUGGACGGCUGCGAGGCUGCGCACAACGCCACCGACGUGGCCCCGGACUACGCGGUGCGCGUGUCGUUCCGGACCGCGCUCCGUGCGCUGGCGAGGUUCCGCGGCAGGGUGGUGGUCCGGACGGUGGCGCCGCCGCACUACGAAAACGGCAAGUGGUACGACGGCGGGAACUGCGUGCGGACGCGGCCCGUGCGGAGCGACGAGACAAGCCUGCCGGAGACCGAGGCCGCGUUCCACGCCGCGCAGGUGGAGGAGUUCCGGGCCGCGGCGGCGGCAGAGCCGGCGGCGAGGUUCGUGCUGAUGGAUGUGAGCGAGAUGAUGCAGAUGAGAGGCGACGGACACCCUGGGCAGUACGGGCACUGGCCGCACGAGAAGGUCGGCUUCGGCAUCGACUGCGUGCACUGGUGCUUGCCCGGGCCCGUCGACGCAUGGAACGAGCUUCUGCUCCAUUUGCUUCUGAGUGAUUAAACAGUACUACCUCCUUCCAAAAAUAUUACUACAGUAGCUUGUUCAGAAAGCUAAAUUGGCUUGUUAAAAGUGCUUAUAUUUCAGAAUGAAGGUGAUAUAUGGAUUGGUCAUGUUUCCGUUGAAUUGCACAAUAUGAAAUCGAUUCCUCCUCGAAAUAGGGAUUUGUCCCGCUUUAUAAAUAAAGUCGCAAUGGCCGAACCGAUAUAAAUGUGGAGAGGAGAGGAGGUGGUUGUCACCUUUGGGAGGGAGAUGAUGGGGUGUCGGAGGGAGAAGGGAAUGAGGAGGAGGGGUGUUAGACUUUGUAUAGU